UAUAGGUGCAAAUGGCUCCUGAAUCCUUCUUGUAAAAAUGCUUUAGAGGGGCAAUGGAGAAGGCGGGAAGAUGGCUGAAAAGUUUCUUGAUGUGCAAGAGGGAGGAGAAGGAUAAAGGUGAGACCUUAACAUCUUCAUCGCCAACAGAAGCCCAAUCAGAUCCAAUCCCACUGCCCACCCCAAAGGAGAAGAAUAGAUGGAGCUUCCGGAGACAAGAAGCAGCAGCACGGAAGGGUUCGACAUCUCCAGACCAAACAGUAAGUGCACCCACUAAUGCACUGUCAGAGGCUGAGAUUGAUCAAAUGAGGCAUGCAACGGCUGCAGCAGUGACAGCUGCCGCAGCAGCAGGUGUUGCCGUUGCUGCUGCACAGGCUGCAGCAGAUGUGAUGAGUCUAACCUCCGCCACCACUGGUAAAACAUCCAGUGCUGUUGAGGAGGCUGCUGCAAUCAAGAUUCAGGCCGUCUUUAGAUCGUAUCUGGCAAGGAAAGCUUUACAUGCAUUGAAAGGUCUGGUGAAACUGCAAGCAUUGGUGAGAGGCCACCUGGUGAGGAAGCAAGCUACAGCUACUCUCCGCUGCAUGCAGGCACUGGUGACUGCUCAAGCCCGAGCACGUGCCCAGAGGAUCAGAAUGGUUGAAGAGUCCCAAGCCAUCUCACAAAGGCAGUCCGUAUACAGGAGAUCACCACAGCGUCGCAGAUCCCAACAUUCAUAUGAGAUGGACAGAUGUGCAGAGGAGAAUGUCAAAAGUGGGGAAAUGGAUCUUCGUGAGUCGAGGGGCAGUACAAAGAGCAGAAACAGUUAUCCCAUCACAAACACCGACAUAAAGGAUCACAGACCCUCUAUAUAUUAUGGCAAUACUUGUCUGCCUCUCAGGGCAGACCAAUACCAACAGUUAUCAUCUGCUCCACCAGCACUAACUUAUACAAGCCCAAGGGCUUAUAUCGGGCAUUUUGAGGAGUUCCCAUUCACCACAGCACAAAGCAGUCCCCAAUACUUAUCAGCUGUGCCUGUAACUGAUGCAGCACAAACUUCUUUCAACCACCACUUUUACCCCAACUACAUGGCUAACACAGAGUCUUCAAGGGCAAAGGCACGGUCACAAAGCACACCAAGACGACGAACUGAUUCAUAUGAAAGGCAAACAAGCAGGCAAAGGCCAUCAGUGGAAGGAAGGAGCAUUCCAAGAGGUGUUAAGAUGCAACGAUCUUCGUCCCACGUGGGUUUGACAGCAAAUGGGUAUCAGUAUCCCUGGUCAAUCAAACUUGAUAGGUCCAGCAUGUCCCUCAAAGACAGUGAAUGUGGUUCAACAAGCACCAUGCUUACGAACACUAACUAUUGCAGAUCCUUGGCAGGAUUUGAGGUUCACAAAAAUAAGUAUUGACUCUUAUCUCAACCAUCUUGACUACUGCCAUUUGGAACAUGCAACACAGCUGAAGGUAAACGUAAAC